UGUGCCCAGCCUUGCUAAUGGUGGUGCUCAACUCCAUAAGGAGUCAGGAGGGAAACAAUACAAAGAACAGGCCAGGGAGAGGAGGAGAAACCAUUCCUUUCCUCUGAAGGCACCUGAAAUGAACGUACACUGCAGCAGAGCUGCUGCCUGCAUCGCGUCUGCCAUUGCCAUACCAGGGAGAGGAGCUCUGGUGGCAGCCAACGUGAGAACUCAUUAACCUGCUGUUUCAGAGAUUGAGGCUUUGCACUGGAUUCAUCAGGAGCUGCAGAAACAAAAGGAGGCUGGAGGAGAGCAGAAGGCGAGCAGGAAUAAACCAGAGGCAGGUUGGCAGGAUAUACACGCACUGAAAGCAGCCUGUGUGGCAGAAUAAAUGAGGUGCAAACCUCGCUGCAAAUAGCAGAGGAAGAAAGACGAGCGUAUUUAUAAAACAGGUUUGUCAGAACUCCAAAAUAACCAGCCGGGGAGUCACACAUGGAGUCUGCGCAGGCAGAGGGAGCUCGGCGUGUUGGUGCUGCUCUGAGUGUGCAUGGGCUAAACAAGGGCUUGGUUUUUCUUCUUGGUCAGGUGUGCUCCGAGGUUGGGCUGUGACUUGGAUCCAGGAGCACGUCCCGCUCUAACCUUGCCAGCUCAAGAACCGUUUCCUUCCUUAAAUCCAUAGACCUCGCCGGGCUGAGCAGCACGGAGCUGCAGCACCGGGCUGUCCCCGCUGGGCUGCGGCGAUUGAUGCUCCGUGCUGGGAGGCAGAGCGCAGCCUCCCGCCCCAGGUACAGCUCCGUCCAUCGUUAGAGAAGGUUCAUCUGGCUCUGGAUGGCAUCGUGCGGGUAACACCGUCGCUGAGCCCGGCGCUGCCGCCCCCUGGAGCCGCGGGCCCCGCGCAGUUCCCCUGUGCCCAGGACCCGCGGCACCACGGCCAUGUCUCUGCCGGGGAGCAGACGCUCAUCUACCGGAUCACGAAGUCGCGGGCUUUAUGGACGGAGUGGUUUUGCCUCCUUCUUUAAGUCGUCAGCGCCCUCAGCCACUCGGCCUGAGACACAGCCUCUUCUCCCUGCCUCCAGGCGCCCCUCGCCCCCCGGGAGGGACACCUACGGCACCUCCUCGCUGAGCAGCAGCAGCAAUUCUGGCUCCUACAAGGGCAGCGACAGCAGCCCCACCCCAAGGCGUUCUGCCAAAUACAACCUGUGCAGUGACAACCAUGGCAUCAAACCACCGACACCGGAGCAGUACCUGACCCCACUGCAGCAGAAGGAGGUGUGCAUCCGACACCUGAAGGCCCGCCUGAAGGACACUCAGGAGCGGCUGCAGGACAGGGAUGCUGAGAUCGAGGACCUGAAGACGCAGCUGUCGCGGAUGCAGGAGGACUGGAUCGAGGAGGAGUGCCACCGCGUGGAGGCCCAGCUGGCUCUGAAGGAGGCCCGCAAGGAAAUCAAGCAGCUGAAGCAGGUGAUCGACACGGUGAAGAACAACCUGCUGGAGAAGGACAAGGGGCUGCAGAAAUACUUCGUCGACAUCAACAUCCAGAACAAGAAGCUGGAGACGCUGCUGCACAGCAUGGAGGUGGCACAGAACGGCGCGGGGCUGAAGGAGGAGGGGGCUGCUGAGUCGGCGGGGGGGUCCCCGGCGCGAUCCCUCACCCGCAGCUCCACAUACACCAAGCUGAGCGACCAGGCGGCCGGGGAGCGCACGGCGGGCGGAUCGCAGACCAUCUCGGUGGACGAAGGGGCCGACAGCGGCUUUGCAGGGGGGGACGAAGCCCCCGGCCGCCCGGACUUGUUGGAAGGGGGGGAGCCCUGCGGGCGGCUGCCCCCCAGCUCUACCUACGAGAAGCUGCUGGGGCUGCGGGGCGGAGUGGAGGCGGGCGUGCAGGCCAGCUGCAUGCAGGAGCGAGCCAUCCAGACGGACUUUGCGCACUGCCAGCCCGACCUGGACACCCUCCUGGAGAAGGUGAUGAAAUCCCAAGCGUGCAGUUUGGGCAGCCCCACCUCCGUCUGGGUGUCCGAGAUGGAAGACGUGGCGCCGGGCUGCGAGAUGCCGAACCCCGCCGGGGGAAUGGACCUGGAGCCCGAGGACGGGGAGGUGCCGCACAACCCCACCGUGCAGCAGCCCCCCAGCGCCGGCCCCUCGGUGUCCAUCGCCUGCGCGCCCGAGGAGGAUGCGACAGCGGAGCAGGGCUGCGACGGAACCCCGUCCAAGAGCUACUGGAGCCGCCACUUCAUCGUGGAUCUGCUGGCCGUGGUGGUGCCGGCCGUGCCCACGGUGGCGUGGCUGUGCCGCUCGCAGCGCCGCCAGGGCCAACCCAUCUACAACAUCAGCUCGCUGCUGCGCGGCUGCUGCACCGUGGCCCUGCACUCCAUCCGCAGGAUGGGCUGCCGCGCCGUCAGCAGCCACAACCCCGGGGGCGGAGCGCAGCCCUGACCCCCACCCCCCCACCUUCGCCCUGCGCCCCGUGCAGCCCCCCAGCCCACCCCAUGGAGCCGACGGCUGAUUGUAGAGCCCCGCGCCGGGGGACGUGGCGCUCCGUCCGCUCUGCUCUUCGUGCAGCCCCCUGGGGUGGAGUCAAAAGGGGCGCAGGGUGGGCGCGCUGCCCCGAGCCUUUGUCCCCACGGAUGCCGAGGGUUGGGCACUUCGCUUUCCUUUCCGUUGUCCGCACACGGACCCGGCGACGUGGCUGCAGCGGGUGAUGGCGAGGAGGCGCCCAGCACCGGGAUGGGGGCUGCGAUGGGUGCAGCCCGGCCCCCUCCCCAGGCACACUCCUUGCUCUGGGUGCAGCAUUGCACAACGGGACGUGCAGGAGGACCAGGAGGGAACACCCCGGACACCGAGGGUGGAAAUGGGAUGGAACUGGAUAUACCUCACACCCGAGCAAGGCUGAGCCGCCCGCAGCGCCGUCCGAUCCGUUCAUUCAUUUGCUUUGCACUAUAUUCACUUUCAUUUCCUUUUGGUACAGCUGGGGCUGUGGGACGGGGCACCUCUUGGUUUGGGUGCAUCCUUGUCCACCCCUCCCAGCCCAAACCCUAUUUUCUUAGGGGUACGGGCAAGGAGGGGGAACGGGACACACAGACUACUGCAAAAUGCCUUUUUUGGGGGGGAGGGUGGGUUGUUUUAUUUGUUUUAUUUGAUUGGAAAAGCAAAGACAGCAAAGAUUGGUCACAGCAGGGGCUGCCCCUGGGUGUACCGAGGGGUCCCAGCCCCCACCGCGAAUGUCUGCAGCUUCCUUGUGACUUGAAGCAAUGGUGUCCCCCCCACCUCCCCCACCGCAGGACGCUGUGCCCCCACAGCCCCCCAUAUCCAUGGGGCGGGGGCUGGCACUGCAUGCAGUGUUUGGGGGAGCAGCAGUGGGAGCAGCCCUGGGCUCUAACCUCUCGUGCAAUGUAUUUGUGGAUCCGUGUACGCGUCUGUCCGACUAUCCAAAGCUUAGCCAAGAAAUAAAUGUAACGUUAUAUUUGAAAGACAAAGCUAUAUUAUAUAUUUUUUAAAUACAGAAGUGGAAAAAAAGAAAAAACCCAACAGAGAUGUAAACCUCCUCCCCUUCCUAAGCCCCUUCUCUCGUUUCCGCUGUCCUGUACUGCAGUGGAUGUAAUAAACGUCGCUGGGUCUGUG